GCAUCUUAUCAUAUUAUUACCACUUUUAUCUUAUUUGCUUUAAUUAAUGUGUAUAGUAUAUAUAAGUUGUCAUCUCCUAUUAAAACUCCCAACUUUCCUCAAACACCCCAAAAUAAAAAUAUCUUCUUACUAAACCCUCCUUAAUUUUUGUAUAAUCAUGCUGAAAUCUAUCAAAAGUUCCUUGAUUUCGACACGAAAAUCGAUGAAAGCCCUUGUUUAUCAACACAAAAUCCUCAAGAAGUUUGUGAAAGUAUGCAAAAGUAAGUCCAAGAACAGGGGAUUUAAUGGGUUUGAUGGCAUGAAAACAUCAUUUGCAAGCAUGGAAAUGAGUAGACAAUUAGAGUUAGUGUUCAAAUUUAUUGAUGCAAAUGGUGAUGGUAAGAUAUCUCCUCAUGGAUUAAGUGAAUUUCUCUUGUGUUUUGGGCAUGAUAAGUCUGAAGUAGCUGAUGAAGUUGCUACCAUGUUAAAACAUUUGGAUGCUAAUGGUGAUGGUUAUGUUGAUUUGAAUGAGUACAUGAAUGUUUUCAUGAUGGGUGAUCAUCACGAUCACGAUCAUGAUGUUGUUAAUGGUGAAGAUGAUGUGUCUGUCGACGAAGAUCAUGAUGAUGGUGGUGGUGGUGGUGGGUUUGAAGAAGAUGAUUUAAUGGAUGCAUUUCUUGUAUUUGAUUGUGAUAAGAAUGGUUUAAUUUCAGCUAAGGAGUUGCAUCAUGUAUUAAAGAGGUUAGGUUUUGCUAAUUGUUGUAUUAAGGAAUGUAAUCUUAUGAUUAAAGGGGUUGAUAAAGAUGGAGAUGGGUUUGUUAAUUUUGAUGAAUUUAGGCUUAUGAUGAUGGGCUAUGCACGGUAAUUAUUGAUGUUGAUGAGAUAAUUGAUGAUCAAACCAAAAGAGGAUGACUUCUUUUUGUGUUUGUUAUUGUGAUGAAGGAAGAAGCUAACUUUUAGAUGCUUAUGUUUUUUCAUAUGGUUAGUUUAUGUAAUUUUUUUGAUCUUGGUGUUUUCAUUCUUUUUGUAUAGAAAUUUGAUAAUGUAGGUAUGAAACUAUGCAGUAUAUCAUGUAUAUGACUGCAUAUGUAUUUCAUUCAGUGUUGUAGAUAGUCAAAGUGGUUUGCUACUGUGAAAAAUAACAAAUAUCUAUGAAUUUUUCUUGUAAAAUGUCAUUAGAC